AUGCUCUUGGUCAUAGUGGCUCAAAUUAAUGAGAAUAUUGACUACAGAAUGUGGACUGUUCGGGGAUCAAAAGGUAUCACAAGAAUAACUGCGGCAGCAGCUCAAACACUGAAAUUAAUAUCAGAAGGCUGUGAUUCGAAAUUUGUAAACCCACAUUUUAUAGCAAAAUCAACCUUGGCAGCCAGAUCAGAAGUUAAGAUAGCCACCAGCACGUAUCUGAAUUCUGUUCGACAUAUCCAUCCAACUAAUACUACAGAUUAUGAGGGUGAGGAUGCAGGUGCAGAAUCUACGACCACUACAAUACGAUUGCGAAAGAGUUGUUCUUCAGUGGGUCGACGGCGACCAGAGGUGGGAGGGACUGUGGCGGUGACAACAGCUGGAAGUGAUGAAUGCGAUUCGUGGCUUUCAAAGGAUUGGUGGAAUAUGAGUGAUCGAGAAUGA